AUGAAGUUUUCACAUAGUGUGCAGUUCAACGCUGUGCCAGAUUGGAGCUCCAACUAUAUCGCGUAUAGCAACCUAAAGAAAUUGAUCUACACGCUUGAAAAACAAGUCAAUAGUACCGAGGGCCAAUCCACCACCGAUGUCGAGUCUGCACCGCUACUGGGUGCCCAAAUCAGCAACCCAGAUGCAGUCUUCAAGCGCGCUCUCGAUGCAGAGAUGGAUAAGAUCUGUACCUUCUUCCAGAAGAAGCAGGCGGAGAUUUUCGAACUCGCCGAGGAGCUUUCGCAGGAUGCUCAUGUCUACCUCUCCCAGACCGACGGUGUCAACAUGGACCCUGUCAGUGAAACAAUCAUCAAGGCUAGCUCCCGUCGAGGUGAUGGGCCCCCAGGCCCGCGUCGGCGAUCUAGUGGCGUCAGCAAUGAUUCCAUGGCCGACGACGAGGAAGGGUUUAGUGACGACGACCGGUCGACCACCCUCCCCCAGCGUCGGCGGCUGAUGCAGUCGACAGAUGGUGAAUCUGGCACAGACGACCCGCACGGUGACCUCGCAGACUCCUCAUUCUUCGGGCAACCGGCCGGGUCUGAUAUGCAUGGAUCCUACCUGAACGACGAGGACUUUCUCGCUCUGUAUAACACCGGCAUUUCGUUGAAGAAGCGCCUGAUUGAGGGCUACGUCUCGCUCUGCGAGCUUCGGUCCUUUAUUGAGUUGAACAAGACUGGCUUCGCUAAAGCUUUGAAGAAAUACGACAAGACCUUGUACCGCAACUUGCGUCGUGACUACCUGGCCUCCGUGGUCCACCCCGCGGCGCCGUUCGUCGAAAGUACUAUGGCUGGGGUCGAUAGUAAUAUCGAGAAUAUUGAGGGUGUCUACGCGGCUAUUGUCACCAAGGGUAAUAGGCAGCUAGCCAGGCGCGAGCUACGUCUGCAUCUGCGUGAGCACGUUGUGUGGGAGCGAAACACUGUUUGGCGUGAGAUGAUCGAGAUCGAGCGACGUGCACAGGCUGCAAAUGUUGGUAUUCGUCGGACCCUCCUGGGUGGCGAUGAGGAUCCGGCCACUGCACGACGCCAGGGCGAUAAAAAUGAGAUUCGUACCCAGGAAAUCUCAACGCCUCUUGGUCGGUUCCAAUUCCCCCUAUGGUUUUGCAGCUUAAGCUUUGGCACGUUGGUUCUUAGUGUCGCCGUUUUCGGUGCUUUGCUCUCCAUGCAGACCAUGGAAACCCCCGAGCAGCAGAACUGCUUGGCCAUGCUGGUCCUUGUUAGUAUACUAUGGGCCACAGAGGCGAUCCCACUGUUCGUAACCUCACUCCUGAUUCCAUUUUUGGUUGUCACACUAGGCAUCAUGAGGUCAGACGAUGAGCACCACAAGCGACUUGGACCCAAGGAGUCCGUGGGUAUGGUAUUCGCGGCAAUGUGGACCCCCGUGAUCAUGCUCCUCCUUGGUGGUUUCACCAUUGCAGCAGCACUAUCCAAGUACGAUAUCGCCCGGCGCAUGGCCAUGUUUGUGCUCAGCAAAGCCGGUUCGAAGCCGUCGACUGUCCUGCUCACUAACAUGUUCGUGAGUAUGUUCCUGAGCAUGUGGAUCAGUAACGUUGCAUCUCCGGUGCUCUGCUACUCGAUCAUCCAACCUUUGCUGCGCAACAUGCCCCCAGAGUCGGACUUCGCCAAGGCUCUCGUGCUCGGUAUCGCCCUGGCCGCCAAUGUCGGUGGUGCGGCAUCCCCAAUUGCCUCCCCUCAGAACAUCAUCGCUCUGCAGAACAUGUUCCCAAACAUUAGCUGGGGCACAUGGUUCUUCAUUUCAUUGCCAGUCUGCAUCAUUUCAAUCCUGCUGAUCUGGGCCUUGCUUCUGGCGACGUUCCGUCCCGGCCGCAAUGCCACCGUUAUUCCUAUCCGCCCGGUCAAGGAUCGAUGGACUGGUAUGCAAUAUUUCAUUAGUAUCGUCACUAUUGUGACCAUUGCUCUGUGGUGUGCUAGUCACCAACUAGAACACGUCUUCGGUGACAUGGGUGUCAUUGCCAUUAUUCCUCUUGUCAUUUUCUUCGGAACGGGUAUUCUCAACAAGGAAGACUUCAACAACUUUUUAUGGACGAUCAUCAUCCUCGCCGCCGGUGGACUAUGCCUGGGCAAGGCAGUCACUUCCUCCGGUCUUCUGCAUACUAUUGCCGCCGACAUCACCACCCGUGUCGAGCAUCUCAGUUUGUACGGCGUAUUGUUGGUUUUCAGCGCUCUGAUCCUCGUCAUCGCCUCUUUCAUCUCCCACACCGUCGCUGCUCUCAUCAUCCUGCCUCUCGUCCGCCAAAUUGGCGUCAACAUGGAAGAUCCUCACCCCAACCUUUUGGUCAUGGCCAGCGCCUUGAUGUGCUCCGUCGCUAUGGCUCUGCCCACUAGUGGCUUCCCUAAUAUGACUGCCAUUAUGACCGAGGUUCCCCAGACAGGCCAGCGGUAUCUCCAGGUCCGCCAUUUCCUUACUCGCGGUAUUCCAUCCAGUCUGAUGGCCUUUGCUGUGAUCGUCACGCUUGGCUAUGGAUUGAUGUGGGUCGCAGGGUUAUAG